AAGCUGAUGUACGCUGGAAGCAGGAACCCGGUUAGGUUGGAUCUGUUCAGAGGUGUCGUUUCUAAACAUGUCCAUCAUGUUUAAAGAAGAGAAUUUCAUAUUUUCUCCUGUUUGUUGAUUUCCGUCACGAUGAGUAACCCUUGUAGGGAAGUCGUCACUCUUCAGCUGGGACAUUAUUCAAACUUUGUGGGGACUCACUGGUGGAAUUUACAGGAUGCAUCUUUAUCGUACGAUCCGGAGACGCCACCAGGGGACACCCAGAGCGAUGUCGUGUUUCGUGAAGGACAGACUAUGGGCGGACACGUCACCCACACGCCUCGACUCAUUGUCAUGGAUCUCAAAGGAAGUCUUCGGACUCUACGGCAGGAAGGAAGUCUGUAUGAGUCGGGCAAAGACACCUCUGCUGUCACAUGGGAGGGAAACCUCAUGAUGCACAAAGAAAGUCCUCCUGCGAAGAACUCCUUCCUUGAAGAUCUGGACAAGUUGGAUAGAGGGGAGAUCCUGGCUGAAGCAGAUUUUUACUCCAGUCCCCAGCCUCAGUGCUCAGCAGGUGCAUUGAGUGUGGAGACUGUGAACAGUCAGCUGGCUCAAGUCCAGAGGGGCUACAGGCUGGAGGGCAGCGUGAAGGUCUGGUCCGACUUCCUCAGGAUCCACCUGCACCCUCGCACCAUCUCUGUCAUCCACGAGUACAACCAUGAUGGGGAGGCUCACCGCCUGGAGGCUUUUGGCCAGGGAGAGGCUCUCCUGCAGGGGUCGGUGCUGGAGGAGCUGGAGGACAAGCUGCACUUCUUUGUGGAGGAGUGUGACUACCUUCAGGGUUUCCAGGUUCUGUGUGACCUGGCCGAUGGCUUCGCAGGCCUGGGGUCAAAGGUCACAGAGAUGCUUCAGGACUCUUAUGGAGGAAGAGGCAUCCUCACCUGGGGCUUGGCACCUGUCAGUCACUCAAAUUCAACUCCAGUGAAGGACCUCUACCACCAGUUAAACUGCACAUUAGGGACCGUCCACUUGGCCAAUAACAGCUCCUUCUUCUGCCCGUUGACCCUGCGUGGUGGACUAGACAGACGACCCUCAUCCCCCAUCGCCUUCCCCCACUUAACUUAUGAUCCCUCACUGUGGUACCACUCCAGCGCCGUCCUGGCUUUGGCCCUGGAUGCCCUCACUUCGCCGUACAGGCUGAGGAACAACAGCGUCCCCAUGUGGCAGGUGGCCGACACGCUGGCCGUAUCUGGGAGAAAGGUGGUGGCUGCUUAUGGUGCCGUCCCCUUUCCCAUGAUGCACGGCAGCUCUCUCCCCGACGCCCUGAGCGCCUGCACAGAUGUGCUGCCAUGGAAACCUCUUUCGGCUUGCUCCGAAGCUGGCGACGGCCGAUGCUACGGCCAGUGGGCGACGCUCAAAGGCUUCGAGGGUCAGAGGCUAAUCAGCUCUCUGGCUCAGGGGACCAAACCUCCCACUCCUCUGCACAGCCUCCACAGCGGGGAAGACGUCCUGGCCGCGUACAUCAGGUCUUUCUAUCCUACGGCGCCUCUUGCUCUGCAGUUGGUGUCUACGCCCAGUAAGCUGACGCCACCUUUCCCUCAGAUAUUCAGUCAGUUCGUCGGUGCUCAGGGCUUCCUGCAGAGCCAGCCGCCCCCGUCUGGGUUUCCAGCCCCUGUGGUCUCUUCUGUACCCGUCAUGACGUCCCUGCAGUCGGGGCCUGCACUCGGCCCCUGGCUGUCUGAGCUGCAUCGUGGUGCCAGCACUUUCGACAUACGCCGCCUGGCCCCCAGCUUCCUGUCCCAGGGACCCGAAAUGGCCGACUACAAGGAGGCCCUGGAGCAGCUGCGCCUGAUGUCCCGGUGUUACCGCGACGACAGCGGCGGGGUGAUGCGCUCUUCCUCAGAGGAGGAGGACGACGACUGAUGGCUGCUGACCCGACGUCUGCUUUGAGUACCAGCCUGCAUGCACUCAUACAGACACGGCGAGAUGACGUGGAGGAGCUGAGCGUCUGGUUCGAGGAGGACCAGGACUGAAUCACGCGGGGGCUGAAAGAAACAAGUUUCUGAUGAGAUGAAAUAGAACUGAGCUGCACAACACAGAUGAGGGAAUAUAAACUUCUUGAAGAGAUGUGUGUAGGGUUCAGAAAGGUGAUGAAUGCAUAAGACUGUAUGCACUACGGUUACAUUUCUGUUUAUGUGUAAUUAAAUGUGUUUUAUACCCAGUGUACACUAUAAAAUGACUACUUACAUGAAGAGAUGUAGUUGUCCUACUUGUUUUUGGGGUCCUCUGACUGUUAAUUCACUUUAAAGAGUAAAUAGCACAUAUGUUAACAUGAUGCACUUUAAACCGAGUUCUCGUCCUUUUGGAAACAGAUUGUUUCAUUGCCAAGAGACAACUAACCAUAAUAAUAAAUUGUCUUGAUGUUUAUUUUCUAACAGGAAAACCACAGAACAGCACUGGCCUUAUCCUCGUAAAUCAUCUCUAUUGCAGUUAAGAGGGGUGAAAUUGCAAUGUUAUAAACUUAUAAAUGGAAACAUUACAUUUAUUGGCUUUAAUAAACCUGGUUCCAAAGAAAAA